AUGGACCUUUGCAUAACUGAGGAUGAACCUGUAAAGCUUACUAGUGAAAGUUUAGAUGAAGAGAAGAAAUAUUUUAAGGAGUGGCAUAAGGCUAAUAAGAUGGCAAAGAAUGUUAUUAGGACCACCAUGUCAGACACAGUUAGAGGCAGUAUAGAAGAACUUGAUCUAGCCAUGGAUUUUUUAUAUGCCAUUCAUGAUAUGUAUCGGGAAAGUGAUAAGGCUGAGGCAGCUAGGCUGGCAAAGGAAUUUAACAACCUUAAGUACACUGGAACAGGAAAAGUGAGAGAGCAUAUCAUGAAGCUUAUUGAGAUUAACACUCAGCUAAGGGACCUCAACAUGGGGGUCACUGAUGAUUAUGUAGUGCACACUGCACUGCAUUCCUUGCCUAAUAGUUUUAGCCAACUAAGGACCAGCUACAAUGCUCAGAAGGAAAAAUGGAGCCUCAAGAAGCUGAUUGCCAUUUGUGUAGAUGAGGAGGACAUGAUUAGGAAGGAAAGAGAGCCGAACACCUCAGUGAACCUUGUUGAGAAGCCUAAGAAGAAAUACCAGAAAUAG